AUGGCUCCCGCAGCAGUCGACUCCCCCCUCCCCCCGCAAGGCCUCACUCCAGCGCAACUCUCCUUCUUCCGCGAAAACGGCUACCUCGUCAUCCCCGAUUACCUCACCCAAGCCGAAAUCAACUCCCUCAUCACCGAAACCGACUCUCUCCUGACCUCAUUCCCCCUCGACUCCCACCCGUUAACAGCCUUCACGACCGGCGACGACGUUAACGAAACCACCAAACAUGUAGGCGACGACUACUUCCUGAACUCCGGUGACAAAAUCCGGUUCUUCUUCGAACCAGACGCCUUCUCCACCACCCCGGACCCCGCAACGGGGAAAAAUACCCUCCUGAAACCCAAACACCUCGCCAUCAAUAAGAUUGGCCACUCGCUUCAUUCCCUCUCGGAGCCCUUUAAGAAGGUGUCAUUGUCGGAUCGGAAUGCUGCCAUCGCGAGGAGUUUGGGGUUCGUUGAUCCCCGCGUCUUGCAGAGUAUGGUUAUCUGCAAACAGCCUGGCAUCGGGGGCGCGGUGCCUCCUCAUCGCGACUCGGAGUUUUUGUAUACUUCUCCUCCCUCGGCGGUGGGGUGGUGGUUUGCGCUUCAGGAUGCGGGCCCCGGGAAUGCGACAUUGAAGAUGUGGAAGGGGUCGCAUUCUGGACGGAUUCGGAGGAGGUUCGUCAGGGCUGCCAAUGGGGGGACGGAGUUUAUUGAGAAUGAUGGGCCUGGUUUGCCCAAGGGUGUGCAGGAUGAUAAUGGCAAUGCUUCUGCUGGGAACGAGGAUGGGAGCGAUUCAGACGCCGAGGUGCUCACUGUCAAGGCUGGAUCGUUGGUGCUAAUCCAUGGGAAUGUCCUGCAUAGCAGUGAGAAGAAUACGAGUCCCAAGAGCAGAUAUGCGUAUACCUUCCAUGUCAUUGACAAUGGGGACGGGUGGGAAUACGAUGAGCGGAAUUGGUUGCAGCCGCCUGAUGACGGGUUUUCCAGAUUAUACCAGUAG